AUGUCUUACUACCCGAAAGGUCACCGUCUAAGUGACGAUGUCCCUGAAUUCGAUGAGUAUGAUCAGACUCCCUAUGGUGGUGGAUAUGAUAUCUUAUUGACAUAUGGCCGCCCCAUUCCACCAUCGUCGGAGACUUGCUAUCCUCCGACGUCUUCGGCCUCUGAUGAUUUCGACUAUGAUCGUCCCCAUUACACUUCCUCUGCUGAACCCUCUGCCUAUGGUGAUGAAGCUCUUGAUAAUGAGUGCCAGAGCUAUUCCAAGCCGAAGACUCGUCCCUCCCGUUCCCGCCCAUCUAUGGCUGGGGAUGGGGAUGAAGAUGAGAACCCUCGUCGCAAGCCUGGGAUGAAUCGCCCUGGGGGAGGAGGUUAUGGUGGAGAAAGCGAGUAUGAUGGGAGCAGAAUUGACUCUGAUGAAUCCGGGUAUGCACGGAAGGGGAGGUAUGAUGAUGAGAGCUCAGAAUACAAUAAGCCAAGUUCUGAUUACGGGUCAGGGUAUGGAAGGAAAACUGACUCUGAUGGGUAUGAAUCAAGGCAGAGAAGGAAAAGUGAAGAUGAGGAGGAAAACUCAGAAUACGGUUCUGGUUAUGGACGCAGAAAGACCAACUCUGAUGAGAAUGAAGAGAACUCGGGUUAUGGACGAAAAACAGACCCCGAUGAAUAUGGAUCAGGGUAUCGAAAAAAAAGUGAGUACGAGGAGAAAAGUUCGGAAUACGGGUCUGGUUACGCACGAAAGGCUGAUUCGGAUGAUUAUGAAUCUGGUGGAUAUGGGGGUAAACCUGCAUCAGGUUAUGGAUCAAGGAACAGAAGAAACGGCGACGACGAGGAGGAAAACUCAGAAUACGGAUCAGGUUAUGGGCGAAAGACAGACUCUGAUGAGUAUGGAUCUAGUGGAUAUGGAAAGAAGACAAACUAUGGAGAGGAAGAGGACAGUGGGUAUGGAGGGAAAUCAACUAAUUAUGGGCGUUCAAACUACAAGACAACGGAGAGUGAAGAGUACGGGACAUCAUUUGAGAGGCCUAGUUAUGGAAGGUCUGAGGAAGAGGACUACAGAAAACCCAGCUACGAAAGGCGUGAUGAUGAUGAUGAAGGCUAUGGUCGCAAGAAAUAUGGUGACAAUGACUCUGACGAGGACGAGGAGAAGAAACAACGCUAUAGGAAUCGCCACCAUCGCCAAAACUCUGAUGAUUGAGCAGAGUGCUUCUAUCACCUGCACCACAGAUUCAUGCAUUAUUAGAAGUUAUAGUAAAUAAAAGUUGGCAUGUCUUCACAGUGUUUUGUUCCAUUGAAAACACUGAUGAUUAAGCAGAGUGCUUUUGUACCUGCUCUGAUUAUUGCCAUAUCAGUAGUUUUUAGUAAAUAAAAGUUGGCAUGUCUUCGUUGCGUUUUGUCUGUUCACAGAAGGAAAUGUUUGCAGUAAUUUGUAGUAGGUAUUCUGCUCUUCUCUACUUGAAUAAAAACCCAGACUUUUCAGACAAUACUAUGCCAUGAAAAAGUUCUCUUUUGCUGUGUCUUUA